CAAAGCCCUAGUGUGCCGAAUCCAAUCCACGAUGGAGCUGGAGCCGCUGGUGGCGGCCGUCGAGGAUUCCGGCUGCACUUUCGGCCGGUGCUUCUGCUGCUGGCUUACGCGCUGCUCAUCGCGGAUUCCGCCCGUUGCCCCCGGCAGGGACUACGACCGCACCCCGCUCGGCGCAGAUCACCGGGCGGCGUGGUCGCUGCUCAUCGGCUACCACCCGCCCUCCUCUGCUGGAACCAGUCUGAUACGCCUGCGCCGGUUCCGCGUCGCGCGGUCCGGCCGCGUCCUCGGCCGGAGCGACGACGCCCUCGAGAUCUUAAACGACGUCGACUACGAUGCCAAGGGCGAGUUGGUGCGAAUCAGCGCCGCCGCCGCCACGCCGAGCGCCGACGGCCGCUCGCUCGCGCUCUGCCUCUUCUGCUUGGAUUUCAAUGUCCAUGUUGCCGGUGGCGAAGCCAGCCCCCCCUGUCCCAUGGAGCUUCUUCUGGAGCUCAAUGCUGCCGACACGAGGAUCAGCUUACAUUCAACGCCUCACCUUCCGCCGCUCUCCUUCAUGUCGACCUGCCCCAUCUCGGCCGCUGGCAAACUCUGGACGCUAGGUUUCCUCAACCACUGUGGCCCAACCUCUCUCGUGAUGCUACGCCUUGACAAGGAAUCAGAGAAGUGGGUGCAGGUCGCCACCAUGGAGGUGACAGACUGCGGCAUAUAUGGGUAUGCUGUGGUUCAUGACACCAUCCUGCUUUCCUUGGAGCCAGAGCGCCUCUUCGUCGUCUUCAACUGCGCCACCUGUGCCUGGACUGCCGUCAAGACCGACACCAAGGCCCCCACCUUUGACCCCUCUGCCUGGAUUCGUGGCGAGGUCGUUAUUGACUACAUCCCUAUCUGUGGUCGUGGCCUGUACGUUGAAGAACAUGACACCAUCUACUUCCUCCGUGACAAUAUUAUUUAUGCCUACAAGCUGUGCUAUGAUCAAGAUCAGCGCCAGUACUGGAUGGCGAUGCCUACUAUUGUUGAUCGUCUCUGUCCUUUCGGUCGCGAGGGCUCUGGAUUUCUCACACAUCUGGGUGGCCAGGUCAUGUGCUUCGUCUGGAUCAGUGUGCCGUCCUACGGUUGGCAGCGCUAUUGCAAUUGUGAUACUUUCCAUGUGUUAAUAACCACCUUCCAAGUAAUUGGCAAUAGUGGGAGCAGCCAUGAGCACUUUAUCCCCAAAGGUGUCCAAGUUUUGCAUUCCACCUGCCGCCGAUUAGAUAUUGAUCCAAGCAAGUCUAGCCUGUCGGACUACAUGUUCUGCUUUCUGCGGGAGUAUGAGGAGAAUACACUGCCCCCUGCAAAAAAGAAGAGAGAGAAUGAAAUGACACCUUCAAUGAGACUUGAGUUGAUGGGUCCAGCCACCUCCAAUGUGGCAGAAUCUUCCAAGAUGCUUACUUGUUGCAGAAAGUUUUUCAGUAAAUCGCCUUACAUACUUGCUCUCAGGCUUGAGAAGUCUGUAAUCCAAACGACCAAAGAUCUGUAUAUUGUUUGCCAAGCUCCUAGUCAUGCAACUGUGUUUAAGAUUAAUAUUAGGGAUGGAAAGUUGGCAUGCCAUAACCAGAAUCUCAAACCGUACGGCGUGAUGGAUACAUUUGUAUGUUCUGAUCCGGAUGAUCUGAUGGAACAGCCUUUCCCGUGGCACUUCACCUGUGACAGAAAAUCCAUAUAUGCUGUCCCAGACAAAAGGAAAGAUAUACAUGUUCUUAGUUUGGAUAAGGGAUCUGUCAUUAGCUUGGAGGCAACAGGGCCUACUGGAACUGAUUUUUCAAUAUCUCUCGUUCUUGCAGUUGGUUCCAAUAUCAUUGCUAUAAGUGAUACUCUUGGAGGUGUCUAUCACUUGUCUGAUACACAUGAAUGGGUGCCUCACAACAUCCAAAGGUCUGUUGACCUGGAAAAGAAGGUUGAGCUGUCUGGAUAUGCGGUCCUGAGUGAUAAAUCCUUCGUGGUUUGUGAUAGAAAAACUGAGUGCUGUUUUUUGUUUGACCUGGACAAGGAUACAUGGAGUAUCGUCAGGGCAUAUUCUGAUAUUUCAAGUUCAUUGCCAAUAGUUCAGCCUACAGAGUGGUCUGAAAGUAGAUUUUUGAGAGGGAGAUCUGUGCUUGCUGAAGGUUUUAUCUACACAUGUGCAGAUGGAGGACUUCGAGCUUAUGAGAUUAUUAAGGUACAAGAUUCUUAUUGCCUCAGCGAAGGGAUUUUUUUGAAGUUUCCAUGGCUGAAGUAUUGGGGUAGUGAUAGAAUGUGCUUGGAUUAUGUUGGUCAAGACACAGCCUCUGGUGCUAUUAUGUUUUGUGUGGUGCAAGGUAAUAACUAUGAUCAACAUCGCCUGGAUGCUCCGGACAAGCAUCGUGUAUUGAUCACCACUAUCCAGAUUAAGACUGAAAGAACGUCCCGUUUUACAUUGAAACCUGUGGCAGUUGGCCAUGCGGAUGGUGGCACAUCCUUCGUUGGUCAAGAUGGAGGACCAAUCUGGACCAGCAGUUGUUUUGCCCCUUGAUUAUGCUGUUCCGUUGCACCUUGUGUUUUUACUAUCUGGCCAUGUGAUUUCUGGCAAUGGAUGCAAGACUAAUCUGGACCAGCACUCAAAACUUUGAUUCUGAUGCUUCAUUACACCUAAA